AGCCCCGCCCACCUCUGGGUAACUAAGCUGACGCAGCCCCGCGGGCGCUACACUUCUGACGCUCUGGGACUAUGGUCUCCUGGACAAAGGGCAAGAGCUGCCUGGCUCCUGGCUUGCUGCAGAACCAAACGGCCAUCGUCACCGGCGGGGCCACCGGCAUCGGAAAGGCCAUCGCGAAGGAGCUUCUGCACCUGGGGUGUAAUGUGGUCAUUGCAUCCCGGAAAAUCGAAAGACUAAAAUCUGCUGCAGAGGAACUGAAAUCCACCCUACCUCCCUCCAGCCAGGCUCAGGUCACUCCCCUGCAAUGCAACAUCCGUAAAGAAGAGGAGGUGGAUAAUUUGAUCAAAUCUACCUUAGCUAUUCAUGGUAAGAUCAAUUUCUUGGUAAACAAUGGAGGAGGCCAGUUCCUGUCUCCUUUUGAAGAUAUCAGUUCAAAGGGAUGGCAUGCUGUGAUUGAAACCAACUUGACAGGCACCUUUUACAUGUGCAAAGCAGUUUACAAACUCUGGAUGAAAGAGCACGGAGGAUCUAUUGUUAAUAUCAUUGUCCUUAUUAAAAGUGGAUUUCCACUUGCUGCGCACAGUGGAGCUGCGAGGGAAGGUGUUUACAAUCUCACCAAAUCCUUAGCUGUGGAAUGGGCCAGCAGUGGAGUAAGGAUCAACUGUGUUGCUCCUGGAAUGAUCUAUUCCCAGACUGCUGCUGACAACUAUGGCGAUAAUGGACAAAGCAUGUUUGCAAGGUCCUUCCAGAAUAUUCCAGCUAAACGAAUGGGAGUUCCUGAGGAGGUCUCCUCCAUCGUGUGCUUCCUGCUGUCUCCUGGAGCUUCCUUUGUCACUGGACAGGUGGUGAGUGUGGACGGAGGCCAGUCUCUGUACACACACUCAUACAAUGUACCAGAUCAUGACAACUGGCCUGAAGGAGUUGGUGACCUUUCUCUUGUCAAGAGGAUAAAGGAGUCUUAUAAAGAGAAAGCCAAACUCUAAGCCAAGGAAUAUCAGCUGUCUUUUGUUCCUGAGUGCCUUAACAUCUUGAGAAUGUGCAUCUGCGCUUUAUAAGAACUUAUAAUUUGUUUGGGAAAAAAAAUCACUUCUUUUUAAUAUUAUUAAUUGUAUCUUUUUAAUAUGAUUAAUUAUAUCUUUUUAAUACUAUUAAUUAUAUCUAAGCAAAAACUGUUCCUGAAAUAAGUGCAUUUCAAUGUCUUUGAUUCUGUGAUUAUUUUUUUUCAAAUGACUUUUUUUGGUGGUGGUGGUACUAGGAAUUGAACCCAGGACUUCAGGCAUGCUGGGCAAGCACUCUACCACUCUACCACUGAGCUACAUCCCUAGCCAGCC